AUGUCCUUACCAGCUACAUUUGACUUAACUCCAGAAGAUGCCCAAUUAUUAUUGGCUGCUAACGCUCACUUAGGUGCCAGAAACGUUCAAGUUCACCAAGAACCAUACGUUCACGAAGCCAGACCAGAUGGUGUCCACGUCAUUAACAUUGGUAAGACCUGGGAAAAGAUUGUCUUAGCUGCCAGAAUCAUUGCUGCUAUUCCAAAUGCUGAAGAUGUCGUUGCCAUUUCUUCUAGAACCUACGGUCAAAGAGCUGUCUUGAAGUUCGCUGCUCACACUGGUGCUACUGCCAUUGCUGGUAGAUUCACUCCAGGUUCUUUCACUAACUACAUCACUCGUUCUUUCAAGGAACCAAGAUUAGUUAUUGUUACUGACCCAAGAUCUGAUGCUCAAGCUAUCAAGGAAGCUUCCUACGUUAACAUCCCAGUUAUUGCCUUAACUGACUUAGACUCUCCAUCCGAAUACGUUGACGUUGCUAUUCCAUGUAACAACAGAGGUAAGCACUCCAUCGGUUUAAUCUGGUACUUAUUAGCUAGAGAAGUCUUAAGAUUAAGAGGUGCUUUAGUCGACAGAACUCAACCAUGGUCUAUCAUGCCAGAUUUAUACUUCUACAGAAACCCAGAAGAAAUUGAGCAACAAGCUGCUGAAGAACAAGCUGCUCAAGCCGCUGAAGAAGAAGCUACUGAAGAAGUUGCUGAAGAACACGCUGCUGCUGAAGAAUGGGCUGAAGAAACCACCGAAGCCGCUGCUGAAUGGUAA